AGAGCGUGUUUGGAAGUGCGCGCUGACUGUUGAGCUCGCCGCGCGCCGGCUCCCUCAAAGUGCUUCGUGUGCGCGCCGUCACGGACCGAGCGCAAGCCGGGAGGUGGGUCCAAGUGUAUGUGGGUCUCUGCCUCGCGCACCCGCCGCCGCUCACCCCGUCGAACCCCUCCUGAGGAUCCGCGGGUCCUUUUCCUCGGCGACAGGCUCCCCACACCAAGCGGUCACCAUUUCCGCCCCCGGGAGACCCACGCUGGCCGCUCAGCCCCUUCCCCGACUCAGCAUCGGGAGGAAGACCCUGGUGGCGGCCGCCGUGGGGGUUAUGCUGGUCCUGGUCUUGGUGGUGCUCAUCCCAGUGCUGGUCAGCUCCGUGGGUACCGACCCUAGCCACUAUGAGAUGCUGGGCACCUGUCGGAUGGUGUGCGACCCCUACCUGAACAAGGGCACCCCCAGCAGCAGCACUAGCUCCACGGGUUUGCAAGCCGAGGCAGAGGCGCUGAGCGACCACGGCAACGUCCUGCCGCCCUCCACGCUCUUGCAAGGCCCGCAGGGGAAACCCGGCAGGCCGGGGAAGCCGGGGCCGCCGGGGCCACCUGGUGAACCGGGGCCGCCCGGACCGGCGGGGCCCCCGGGCGAUAGGGGGGACCAGGGACGAACCGGGAUUUUGGGCCUGGGCGAGAACGGAGCUAUCAGCACGGCCACCUACAGCACGGUGCCCCGAGUUGCCUUCUACGCCGGCCUCAAGAACCCGCACGAAGGCUACGAAAUUCUCAAGUUCGACGACGUGGUCACCAACCUGGGCAACAACUACGAUGGCAUCGCCGGCAAGUUUGUCUGCAGCAUUCCGGGCACCUACUUCUUCAUCUAUCACGUGCUGAUGAGAGGAGGCGAUGGCACCAGCAUGUGGGCCGACCUCUGCAAGAACGGACAGGUUCGAGCCAGCGCCAUCGCCCAAGACGCAGACCAGAACUACGACUACGCCUCCAACAGCGUCAUCCUGCACCUGGACGCCGGGGACGAGGUCUACAUCAAGCUGGAUGGUGGCAAAGCCCACGGCGGCAACAACAACAAGUAUAGCACCUUCUCGGGCUUCAUCCUCUACGCGGACUGAGCGCAUGUCAUUAAAAAGAAAAAAAACAAGACAGUACAGCUGGACUGAAGGAAAAAGUUGUGGGGUGGAGAGGAUGUGCGCUCAAGGCCUUCUAGUUUGCCCCCUUCAUCUCUCCAUCAUCACGGACAACCUUCCGCUUCUUCUGGGCGCUGUAGCCGAGGCCCGGACACAAUGGCAGUGGGGUGGAGGUCCGGCGCAGUUCCUAGCACUCGCCAAUGUGUCGGAAGCGCCUCGCUAACAGCGUCUUCCUUCCUUCAUCCCUCUUUCCCCAGGACCGUCACACCUCUCUCCACAGCCGACUUGACUGAACUCUGUAGUGUCGUUGCGUGCAAUUUAAACCUUAGAUCGUGCUUUUAUUUGGUAGAGAUGCAUAAUAAUCUGCACUGAUUGACAAGAAUAAAAAAAGAUAAUAUCCUUGUCCUUUGUGAAGAUGUCCCCACGAGAUGUUGUUCUGGAAGUGGCAGGUGACUCUGUGUUCAUAUGAUAACAUUCAGCACUGUACCUCCCAAAUGUAUGGAAGACUACUCUUAUAUAUAAACCACACGCAAGACGGCGUCCUGCUGCUGAUCUUGGGGUUCAUCAAAGUGUCUUCUGUUGUUCUAGUUCUGCUUAGAUCCUUUCAGCGCAGGCAGAUUCGUAGCUAAAGAGCAAUGGCGACAGAGAGGGCGCGUCUUAAGCAUCACUGAUUGUCCUCCAUUCAUUAGCGUUCACACACGUGUUAAUAUUUACUCAGAACGGCAGUCCGAUCGGACUGCGCGUUUGUGUGCGUGUGAACGGCAGCGUGCGGCGCGUCAAAGCUGCGGUCGUCUCCUGUGCUACAGCCAAUGAUAUUUUAUUUAGCGAGCCCAUGAUGAGAUUGUGCAACACAUGUGAAGAGGAGAACAAAAAAAAAAGCUUGUAAAUGAAUUCUAUGACAUGUUUGUCGAUCUUAUCUUUUGGAAUUGUUGAAUACAUUUAAAUAAUAAAUGGGAUUUUUUUGA